GGGUAGCAACAGUUGCCCCGGUGAAGGGCUAGGCGCCAUAGUCACGGUAGUCCUGGCGACAAGAACCAAGCAACGGGAGUCAACAACAACAACCUAAAUCUAAGGGGGAAAAAACUUUAACGACUAAAAAGGACAGUACUGGAAUAACAAAGAGCUCGUGCCUCAAAUCAUUGGUUGCCAUGGCAACUUCUGGAUACUCGGAGGACCUUCAGCCUCAGCAGGCCAACACAGUAACCAUAGCAACACCUGCUGCCACCACACCCUCCUCUGCAAAGACUGCACACUUCCUGUCCGAAAUCCCACCAACCUCUGGAACCAUCUUGUCCACUAACCAAUCAGCCACUGCCUCUAAAACAGGACAGGAUGCACUUUGUUCUCAGGCGCCGCCCACCCAGGCCCAGAGCCACAAGGCAGUGGUUCUGACGACACCCACGCAGCACUACAUAACCCCUGAUAUACAGCAUUCUGCAAUCCAGAAGAGCAAUGGUCAGAGCAGCUCGCCUCAGUACAUCAUAGUGACUGUUACAGAGGGCUCUGUUCACUCCAGUGACAGUCUGUCUGACUCCAGCCCGCCUGCCCCCGGUGUCCCGACUCAGGUGGUUCAACCAGUGCAAACUGCACCACAGCAGAGAUCAGUGUUGCAGGCGGUGUCGCAGGCAGCCAAGAGGAUCCAGACAGGCCACAGCAACAACCUGCAGUCUGUGCAUAUUAACCAAGAGGUGGAACAUGUGUAUUCUGGUCAAGUGCAGUAUGUGGACGGAGCAGGAGAUGCAACUUUCACUACGUCCACCAUUCGCUCAAGCAGCUAUCCGUUCUCCGAUUCGCCCCUCUACUCUCAAACACCGCCAACCUCCUCCUCCACCUUCUAUGAGGCCACGCCCAGCUCUGAGUCAGACAUCACUGGAUCUGUGACCUCACAGCCCGUUUCUGUGGCAACAGGAGGAGCCAGUAGUGGGGCAACUGCUGCAGGUGGUGGGGGGUACGUCAUUCAGGGAGGCUACAUCUUAGGAGGAGGCGGGGGAGGAGCAGCAGGUGGAGGAGGAGGAGGAGGACAGAGUUACUCCAGCCCCAACUCUCGUGCUCCACCGGCUACUGUGCAGUGGCUGUGUGAUAACUACGAGGGGGCGGAGGGGGUGAGUUUACCUCGCUGCACCCUCUACUACCACUACCUGCUGCACUGCCAGGAGCAGAAACUAGAACCUGUUAAUGCUGCAUCCUUCGGCAAACUCAUCAGGUCUGUCUUCAUGGGGCUACGUACACGGAGAUUAGGAACCAGAGGGAACUCUAAGUACCACUACUACGGUUUGAGGAUCAAAUCCGGCUCCCCUCUGCUCAGACUGAUGGAUGAACAGCAGCACAUGGCGAUGAGGCAGCAGCCUUUCUCACAAAAAAACAGGAUAAAGCCACUUCAGAAGACACAGGGGAUCGCCAAUGGGACGUCAGGUGGGACAGGUCAGCAGGGAGCAGCACUCAGUGACAUUUCAGCUCAGGUGCAACAGUAUCAGCAGUUCCUAGAGGCAUCAAGGGCACUGCCAGACUUUGUGGACAUUGAUCUACAAGAUCGAACCCUUCCUGAUGGGAUCCUUUUAGAGCACCUCAAGGCCUUUCAGACUCUGUACAGAGAACACUGUGAGGCUGUUCUGGAUGUGAUGGUCAACCUUCAGUUCACUCUUGUGGAGACAUUGUGGAAAUCCUUCUGGAGGUUCAGCCAGAGUAAUGAUACUGAAUCACUCAACCUACACAAUGAGUCUGAGAAACGUCUGCCCAAAUCGUGCCUGGUGGUUCUGUGUAAGUUUGAGCCAGUGCUGCGCUGGACGAGAGAGUGCGACAACCUGCUCUACCAGACGCUGGUGGAGAUCCUCAUCCCUGAUGUACUGAGACCCAUCCCUAGUGCCUUAACUCAGGCCAUCCGUAACUUUGCCAAAAGUCUGGAGAAUUGGUUGACUGGUGCCAUGAUGAACAUCCCAGAGGAGAUGGUUCGCAUAAAGGUGGUGUGCAUAGGAUCCUUCUCCCAGACACUACGCCGCUACACCAGUCUGAACCACUUGGCCCAGGCUGCCCGUGCCGUCCUCCAGAACUCCGCUCAGAUCAACCAGAUGCUCUCUGACCUCAAUCGGGUUGAUUUCACUAACGUACAGGAGCAGGCAUCCUGGGUGUGUCAGUGUGAAGACCGUGUGGUCCAGAGGCUGGAGCAAGACUUCAAAGCGACUCUGCAGCAGCAAAACUCUCUGGAACAGUGGGCUACCUGGCUGGAUGGUGUUGUCUCCCAGGUUCUAAAGCCCUACGAGCACAACCCUGCGGCCCUGCCAAAGGCUGCCAAGGUCUUCCUGCUCAACUGGUCCUUCUACAGUUCGAUGGUAAUCCGGGACCUGACUCUUCGCAGUGCUGCAAGUUUUGGCUCCUUUCAUCUGAUCCGCUUGUUGUAUGACGAAUAUAUGUAUUACCUGAUAGAGCACAGGGUGGCCCAGGCUAAAGGAGAGACGCCUAUUGCAGUAAUGGGAGAAUUUGCCAGCAGCGUGAAGAGCCGAAUCUCUCCAGACCUGGAGAAAGAAGAAGAGGAGGAGGACGAGGAAGAGGAGAGCGAGGAGGAGAGUGGAGAUCUGGUGCUGCAGUCCAGCUCUCUGAACACAGUCGAUGAGGAGAAGGAGGCAAUGGAGCCGCCUGCCAAGCAGCCCAGGACAAACUUAAAUCUGCACACUCUCAGCACACCACCUUAGCUGAUCAUGUGUAUGCUUAACACAACACCAAACAACACACAUUUGCUUUUUUUCAUGUCAUCCCAUCCUGUCACCGCAGUAUCCUUCUGGUUUCUAUUGUAUGUCUGUUGUGAGAAAGUGGGAGAGCCCUUUGCUAAUUUUGUAUUUGUACUUGUGUGCUGCCAUUCUUUUCCUCUUUGCCUUCACCUGAUCAUUUCCCUUGUUCCCUGUGCCUUCCCUGUCUAUUCAGUGGCCACUCCUGUCCAGCAUAUAUAUAUGUGUGUGUGUGUGUGUGUGUGUGUGUGUGUAGUGCAUUCUUGAGUCCCUCCUGCCACGCCUUAACCACUGACCUGUUUGCUGUGGAGAGAUGAAAAGAAAAAAAAAGUCACUUGCAUUGCCUUUAACGCAAUGACUAUGCAGGGGAGCUGGACUUUGAUGUCUGAAGUAUACAUUUCUUUAAGAGUAGCAUCUGGAAUGAUACUGCACCAUGAAUUUUGUUGGAUGUUGACUGACAGCUAUUUGUGGAUGCCAUAUUUUACUUUUUUGUGACGUAAUUUCUUAUUAAUUUGGCCAACCAAUUGAUACUUUGUGCCUUUGAGAGAUUUCUAUCCUGAACAAGCCUCUAUUCUAUAUAGUCUGUAUCAGUGGAUUAAUAAAUGAAGGUCCUGUGAA